AUUUACAGAAGACGGGUGGACAAACAAGGAAGCAGCAUGGGCGAAUGAAAGGUGUAGAGGCUGCCUGGUGGAGCUGGAAGAGCUUGGUAUUGAACUUGGAACUUUUUAAAAAUCGGGUUAUAUAUCUAAAACAAUCGUGAUGCACGAGAGGCUUCUUCCUGCUUCGCCGAACUGGUACUGCUCUCGCUGUAGCGAUGUGAAUAGCCACGGCGUGCUGGGCUUCGGAGCUAAAAACACAGUUUACCUGCUGAAAGUGAGCGCAUCCUCAGCAGAAGUCCUAGGUGAGCUCAGGGGCCACACCGAAAGAGUUUCUGGCUUCUCAUUUUGCAGACAUGAUGCUCAAGAAAACAUUUGCGCCAGCAGUUCAGAUGAUAAGACAGUAAAGAUCUGGGACAUUGACCAGAAGGUGGUUUUAGAGGAACAUAAUGUCCACCAGAACACCAUCUCGGCUCUUCACUGGUCUCCAGUGCAGAAAACGUUACUGGUGUCUGGAGACGAGAAAGGGAUAGUGGUGUGUCACUGGCUCGGCAGAGGAGACACUCGCAGCUUCUUCCCCGAACCAAGAACCAUCUUCUGUCUCUCCUGCUCUCCACACACCGAGAACUACGUCGCCAUCGGGUACAAGGAUGGAAUGAUCGCACUGAUCGACAUCAGCAAGAAAGGAGAAGUGAUCCAUCGCCUGCGAGGUCACGAGGAGGAGAUCCACUCUCUCUCCUGGUGUCCCGAGCCUCAGGAAGACACGCUGUAUGCUCGACCGGAGGACAGCGCUGACAUGUCCAGCGGGCCAGCAGAAGUCCAGCGGGGUGGAUACCUGGCUUCAGGCAGUCGAGAUCAGACCGUUAGAAUUUGGAGCACGGCAAGAGGCAAAGGUGUUAUGACCCUGAAGCUGCCGUUUCUGAAGAGGCGAGGUGCCGGAGUGGACCCCGGGGUGAAGGAGAGGCUCUGGCUCACGGUGCACUGGCCUAAAGGAAGACCUGCGCAGGUCGUCUCCAGCUGCUUCGGUGGAGAGCUGGUGGUCUGGGACCUCACCAAAUCAGGCAAACAGAAGUGGACUCUGCUGGGCAGCUCGUCAGACGGUCAGAACCACAGUCGCAUCGUCUUCAACAUGAGCUCCGUGUGUGUGAGGGAGCGAGAGCUUCUCAUCAGCACCUCCAUGGACAGAGACAUUAAGUGUUGGGAUCUGGACACUCUGGAGUGCUGCUGGACUUUACCCACUAUGGGAGGCUUUAUUUACUCUCUUAGCUUCUCCCCCGUGGCGACGGGCUGCUUGGCUCUGGGGGUCGGCGAUAGCAUGAUCCGCGUGUGGAACACUCUGUCCAUCCAGAACCCGUACGAAACCAGGACCUUCUGGCAGGGGAUCAAGUCCAAGGUCACGGCUCUGGCAUGGCAUCCGGUGAAGGAGGGCUCUUUAGCUUUCGGAACAGACGAUGGAAAAGUAGGGAUCUAUGAGGUUUAUUCCAACAAGCCUCCACAGAUCUCCAGUACCUACCACCGUAGAACAGUCUACUCUCUGGACUGGGGUCCUCCAGUCCCCCCUCUCUCAUUCGGUGCAGGUGAUAAACCUGACUACACGCUGUACAGUUGUGCAGGUGAAGGGGUCAUCUUUCAGCAUGACCCAUGGAAGCUGUCGGACGAAGCCAGCAACAUCGAUAAACUCAUCCGCGACUCCAACGACAUUAAACACAAACUGUCCCCUCACACAGACCUGAGCUGGAAGCCAGACAGGAAAGUUUUGGCUGUCGGAAAUGAAGACGGCUCUAUAGACGUGUACAAAGCUCCGACCCUGAAGCUCCUGUGCACCGUCCAGCAGCACCAUAAAAUCAUCAACACCCUGCGCUGGCACCAUCAGCACUCCACCCAGCCUGAGCUGCACUGCCUGCUCGCCUCCGGCUCCAGCAACGCCCUCGUCUACAUCCACGACCUGCGCAGCGCCAUCGAGAACCCGUCUGAGAGCCCGGUGUUGCUGACCGAAGCUUUCCGCACUUUAUCUGGUCACACCAACAAAAUCACCGGCUUGAUGUGGAGUCCUCACCACGACGCUCACCUGGUCACCGUCUGCUACGACGGCACAGCUCAGGUGUGGGACGUGCUGAAGCAGGAGCCGGUGUGUAACUACAGAGGUCACAGCGGGCGCGUGCUGUGUGUGCAGUGGUCACCCGUGAACCCGGACCUGAUCUGGACCGGCGCCGAUGAUUUCACGGUGCAGGAGUGGGCCGUGUCCAAACAGGAGCACGUUAAACCUCCCAAGAGUAGAAGACGUGUGGAGAUGGAGAAGAAGAAAGCACCAAUCAAGAAAGCCAAGAAGAAAAAAAAGGUUACCGAGAAACGCGGGGUGAAGACGGACGAGAACGAAUCGCCGAUGGGAGAAGAAGCCGGAGGAGGAAGCGGGAUGGAUGAAGGACAGACAGAAGAUGAAGCAGAAGAUGAGGAGAGAGAACGCGUCAUCUCCUCCAUUACCGGUUCGUCUCAGGAAACCGGUUCAGUUUCGGAGAAAGCGCACGUAAACAGCGAGAGAUCUUUUCUCACUGCCAAGAAAGAAGAAAAGGAUGAGAAGAAGAAAGACAAAUCAGAUCAGUCCAUGAAGAAGAGGAAGCCGCGCUCCAUCCUGCCGCUUAGCACCUCCAUGGACCACCGAGCCAAAGAGGAGCUUCAGCAGGACUGCAUCACGCUGGCGGCCAUCAAACACGCACAGGGUGAGACAGACACCUGCGUACCGGGAAGCGGAGAACACAUCCAGCUCGGUUUAUUCGCAGAUAGACGAGCCCUCUACAGGAUGUUCCAGGAGGAGGAGGACAGUCACCUGGAAGCUGGACAUUACGACUCGAUGACGUAUCUCAGGCUGUGGAAAGGAGAUUUGAUGGGAGCUCUGCAGCUGGCCACAGAGAAAGGACAGCUCACUGACCACUUACUCAGCUUAGCACCCAUGGCUGGUUAUCAGGUGUGGGUCCGGACGGUGGAGGCUUAUGUGAAGCAGUUGUGCAUGCAGGAGCAGUUCCUCAAAGCCGCCUCGCACCUCGUGACCAUUCACAAAAUCUACGAAGCCAUCAGCCUCCUCAAAUCUCACCAGUUCUACAGGGAAGCCAUUGCUCUGGCCAAAGCCAGACUACAGCCUGAUGACCCCGUGCUGAAGGACCUGUACACCAGCUGGAGCGCCGUGCUGGAGAAGGACGGUCAUUACACCACCGCCGCUAAGUGCUACCUUGCCGCGGACUGCGGUUUCGACGCUGCCAAGGUCAUCGCUAAAAAAGGGGACGUGAUGUCACUGAAGACGGCCGCCAACUUGGCAAAGCUGUCCGGCGAGAGAGACCUGUGCCACUCGCUCGCUCUGAGAUGUGCCAAAGACCUCGCACACUCGCAGGAUUGGCUGGCAGCACAGGAGAUCCUCAGCACACAAGACUCCUUAUUGGGUCACAGGCUUGUCUUGUGUGUGUGUGAGCUCCUGACUCAGAGGCUGUCCCAUGCCGGGGUGGUGACGUGGCCCUCGCUGUCUUGUCACGUCUGGUCUAAUCCCAGUUCCGAGCGCUUCCUCACUGCUGUACAGAGCGUGUGGAGGAGCGUGUUCGGGCUCGACACUGCAGAUCCAGAGACGCUCAAAGCGCUCCAUCAGCAGCUGGGAGCCGUGGAGAACCCACCCAUCGCUGCCAGCACACCUGGAAAACAGCUGUUGACUCACGUGGCCCUGGACGUUGCUCUUUCUGCUCUCAGUGAGCUGCUGGGUGACUGGAGCUCGCUGCUUGAGGAGCUUCUGAGAGCUUUGACUCGAGUCUUCAAGACUAAUCAUUAUCCUCUAAUGGCUGAGAUGUGCCAGCUUUUCCUCCCUGGAGGUAUGGAUUCUCUAGCGAUCUAUAAACAGAAGCUGGAGGGUGAUGAAAAAAGCUUGGCUGCUUCUCGAAGUCUGGAGGCUCUGGUCUGUUACCAGCUGAUGUAUAAAAGCUGGUGGAGAUGCAGUCGCGUCAAACACGUGAACGGCCACCAAACGCCAGUAGAGAAUGGAGACGCCGCUCACCAGAGUGAACCUGGAGACGACGAAGGAUUUCUGCGUGAGGACUUCUGGAACGUUCUUCUCUCAGAACCACACGCUGCCCUUCAGUCCACACAGAGAACUUUAGAAGACAUCCAGAGCAGAGUGGCUGUAAUGGUCCAGAAACACACACACCUUCAGUCUGAAGAUCUGCUGGAGGGGCAGAACACGGCUGAGGGACUGAGAGAACCGGAGACCAGAUCUUCUGCGGAGUUGUUUCCUGUUCUGGUCGCUCAGGUCACUGAGAAUCAGAAAAGACUCACUGCUAUUCCUGACCACGUGAAAAACUACGCCUUCCCCGACGUCCUCGAAUGUUGUCUCGUCCUCUCGUACGUGGAUCAGCACCUCGGCGGGAUUCCACCUCGUCUCCGUGAGAGGGCGACGGCUCUGCUGCUCACGUACGCGUCCACGGGCUCGCUGUACAAAGCUCGGCAGAGAUUCGCUUCAGAAAUCUACAGUAGCACUUAGUUCUUUUCUCUUCAAUAAACAUGUUUGUAUUUUUGUUUAAUGUGUAAAAUGAAUGUCAUCACACGCUCAGCUGUUAUAUCACCUGUACCUUAAUAAACCUUUUCCCCACAAACAGAGAAGAUUUGCUU